UGUGCGCACGGUACCCUGGGGACGUGCCUGACCCGGAAGUGUAAUGACGCAAUCGGACCCGGGAAAAUGGUGGACGCCGCAACCAAGAAAACUCUAAGUAACAUUCCUCUUCUCAAGACGAAAGCCGGGCCUCGAGACCGAGAUCUCUGGGUCCAGAGGCUUAAGGAAGAGUAUCAGGCACUCAUUCAGUAUGUAGAAAACAACAAGAAGGAAGACAAUGACUGGUUCCGACUGGAGUCCAACAAGGAGGGGACAAGGUGGUUUGGGAAGUGUUGGCACUACCAGGACCUCAUGAAGUACGAGUUUGAGAUUGAGUUUGACAUCCCAAUCACUUUCCCGACGACAGCACCAGAAAUCGCUAUUCCUGAACUGGAGGGGAAAACAGCCAAGAUGUACAGGGGAGGAAAGAUUUGCCUGACGGACCAUUUCAAGCCGCUGUGGGGAAGGAACGUCCCAAAGUUCGGUAUAGCGCACGCCAUGGCGUUAGGGCUCGGACCAUGGCUAGCAGUGGAGAUUCCUGACCUGAUUUCUAAGGGGCUCGUGCAACAUAAAGAUGAUCAACAACAACAGAAGUAGACGUCACCAUAACUUUAUAAUGUCAAAACGCGCAGUAAUACAUAAAUUCUGAUAUUAUGUCUAUUUUGUAAGUUUUCUUAUGUUAGCCCCCUCAUUACACAUGUUAUUGCCACUUUUAUGACUUGUUUUUAAGUUCAAAACACUGGCAGUAAUAGAUAGAUUCUGAUAUUAUGUCUAUUUCUUAUCUGAACUUAUCCCCCUUUUUACACCUGUAAUUAUCACUUCAUUGUAGUCCUACCAGCCUGCUACUUACAGAGAAUCUCUUAUGUACUAUAUAUACAUGUAUCAUGUCUUCUACAAGAUAAUGUUAAC